CUUGGGCCAGGCAGCCAAUAGGCAGGAAGAACCGGCGGCGAGCGGCCAGGAGGCGGGAGGGAGAGCUGGAAUGGCAGCAUCAGCGGUGGCAAGAGCAGGGUAGGGUGCGCGCCUUGAAGCCGCUGCCUGCGCCUCUGAGGGGACGAGGAUGGGGAAGGCGAGGCGGUGGAGGCGGCGGAGGCGGCGGGUGAGGAGGAACCCCUGAGGCGGCGGCGGCGGGGAGACGGGAGGGGCAGCGGCUGCGGCCUGAGCCGCGAGGAAGCAGCAGGAGGAUGGUAAUACCGGCAGCGCCGCUGGGCCGGAGGCGGAGCAGGGGUUGGGGUGGCGGCGGCGGCGGGGAGACGAUUGCAGCCUCUUCUGGGGUGGGGCUCCGGCGGCGAGUAGCAUUCGCGGAGAAGGAACGUAAUGGAGCGCCCAUUGCGGGUCCCGGGAGGGAGGGAAUACCUGCGCUGCCUCCCCCUUCAUAUUUCCUUUCGCUUUCUGUAUUAUCCUUAUUAUUCUUAGUUACGGGCCAAUGUUGGUCCUACUCAGCGUAGGCGCAUUGGACGCGGCUGGCAGAGGGGCUCGCGGACUCCCGCUCUGGACCAGCCUCUGAGCUUGAAUUUUAGCCAAGUGCAAAUGUUUACCCGUGAUGCUGUUGAUGAUGACCAUAAAAUUAUUAUUGGCUUAGUUAGACGGUCUUAAUCCUGCUUGGCCUAGCACUAGACCAUAAAUGGCCAUGGUUGGCAUAGCAGGUUCAUUGAUUUCAGGGAGUCUUCUCUGGAAUAGAGAGUGGUUGGGUACAUAUACUGUACAGUACUGGCCAUUAUUGUUAUUUUAUUGUUAACAGUAUAAAAUCAUUAUUGGAUGUAGACUAGCCUAGUUUUACUCAGAAGGAGUCCCAUUGAAGUAAGUGGCCAUGACUGCCUUAAAGGGUAAAGGGACACCUGACCAUUAUGUCCAGUCGUGACCAACUCUGGGGUUUAUCGCUUUAUUGGCCGAGGGAGCCGGCGUACAGCUUCUGGGUCAUGUGGCCAGCAUGAUUAAGCCGCUUCUGGCGAACCACAGCAGCGCACGGAAAUGCCGUUUACCUUCCCGCCGGAGCGGUACCUAUUUAUCUACUUGCACUUUGACAUGCUUUCGAACUGCUAGGUUAGCAGGAGCAGGGACCGAGCAAUGGGAGCUCAUUCGGUUGCGGGGAUUUGAACCGCCGACCUUCUGAUCUGCAAGUCCUAGGCUCUGUGGUUUAACCCACAGCACCACCUGCAUCUCUAUGACUGCCUUAGGUUUGUUAAUUUCAGUGGGUCCAUUCUGAGCUGGAAUUGAAUUGUUGGGUGUGGAUAUUAUAUAUUACAAUCAAAUUAUUAUUGCUUGUAGACGAUCUUAGUCCUGUUCAGACUUGUCCCGUUGAAGUAAGUGGUCAUGGCAUAGGUUCAUUAAUGUCAGUGAGUCUACUCUGAGCUAGAACUUGGAUACAAAUACUACCUAUCAUUCUCACCAUAAUUGGUUAUAGACAAUCCUAGUCUUAUUCAGAGCAGAUCCAUUGAAGUAAAAUGGACAUGGCUGACAAGUUUAUUAAUUUCAGUGGAUCUGCUCUGAAUAAGAACAUAGUUGGAUACAAAUACUACUCACUAUUAUUAAGUAAUUAAUAUUGGUUAUAGACAAUCCUUGUUCUACUCAGCCUAAACCCAUGGAAGAAAAUGACCACCAGUGGCAUAAGAAUUUAGUUGGAUACCUCAAUUCUCACUUCCCUUCUGUAGUGUUGAAUUUUUAAAAAUUGAAUUGUAUUUAGCAUAUUAGCUGGCCGCCAUGUCAACAAAGGCCUCUGAGUGGUUCACACAGGCUUCAGGCAAUGUACAAUUAUAGCAUUAAAAUGCUAAACUCAGUUUUAAUUGGAGGCGUCUUCAGGGCAGGGACCUGCCCUCUUGUACUUUGUAAAGUGCCAUGCGCACUGAUGUUGCUACUUCAUGAUCAUUGUAGUAGUAGUAGUAGUAUUGGCAACAAAUAUUUGUUUCUGUUCUUACUUGAUUUUUAUUUGGGGGAAGUAGUUUCUUAUUUUUUCUUAUGUAGUUUGGCAAAUGUGUUCUUAUUUCCAUGUGCUUUUUGGGGGGAGUGGGUAUUUUUCAUCAGUCUUCUACAGUAUUUAGUUAUCUUACUUUGGUGAUUCUUUUACAUUUAAUUCUGAUAUCAACUGCCAAACAGCUUUUUCGAUACAGCAUGCAUAGUUAACUUGUUCCAAGGGGGUAGCCAUGUUUGUGUGUGUUGCAGAAAGCCCACAAAAUUGAGUCCUUUUUCACUUCAAAAGUCUGACAUACUUGUUGUGGCAGAAGCUUUUGUGGACUGGUCCAGAUCCCUCUAAGAUGCGUGAAUUGUUUGCCUGAUUUAUUUAUUUAGUUUGCAUUUAUAUCCCACCUUUGCUACAAGGAAUUCUCCAUUCUAUCAUCACAACAACCCUGUGAGGUAGGUUAAGUCAUGGCUGAGUGAGGAUUUGAACCCUGGACUUCCAAGUUCUAGUCCAGCACUCUAGAGCAGGUAUAGCCAAUAUGGUGCCCUUCAGAUGUUGUUGGGCUACAACUUCCAUCAGCCCCACCAAUCUGACUAAGAGUGAGGAAUGUUGGGAGUUGCUGUCCAUCAUGUUGAGAGAUGCAGACAGAUGCUGCAAAGGAGUGUUUAACAAUGUGCCCCAAAGGUCAAGAAAUUCAUUGGGUACAGAGACUGUGUACCAUUUCUACACAGAAAUCAAACAUGUACAAUCACAGUAACCAUUUCCCACAGAAAUAUCUGGCCGCAACAUAUUCCUACCUUUGAUGCUGUGUUAUGGCCAGAUCCUGGCAUGUUGCACUAUUGCACUAUCACUGUGCUUCUCCUAUGCUUUGCAUAGAAGUACCACAGACAGUACAAAUUUUGAAUAUUAUAGCCUAUGGGGCUGUGUGUUUCCAUCCUCUCCGAAGGCGUGCGCCUAUGUAUAUGUGCAUGCAUGUUAUACAUUUACUGAUAAUGAUACUUCAUUGGAUACACAAAGUGAGUUAUGCUGCUAUACCACAGUGGUGCCUUAGUGUUACAGCUCGGGCUGAGGAGACCUGGGCUCUGAUUUUGCCCUCAGCUGAAGAGCUGACCUUGAGACUGAGCAUCUUUCAUGCCAACCUACCACACAGGGGAUAAAAUGGACAGGUGGCCAUGUUUGUUGCCUUGAGUUCUUUGGGGUGGGGAGAAAGAAAGGUUAUAAAUGUAGCUAAAAAAAUAAAUAGCCAAAGUGUAUGCCACACAGUAAAUUUUUAAGGAAAUAAGAGUCUGAGGAAUUAUAUCCCACAAGGUGUGGUGAUGGCUUGCCUAAGUGGUUAUUUUAAAAAAUAAACAAAUAAAAAUAGAAUUAGGCAUAUUUAUGGAGGAGGAGGGUAGAUUUAUAACUGGCUGUUAGCUGUAGUAGCUAAAUAGAGCCUCCAUGUUCAAAGGUUGUUUACCUCUGUAUACCAAUUGUGAUACUAAUAAAUAAAAUGAGGGAGGGCUAUUGCUUUCAUGCUCUUGUUGUCAAGUUGCCCUCUGGGUAAUGUAUGAUGUAGCAUAAGAGAACAACGAAACCACAGUACAAUUAAACAUGAUACCAAAAAUAAACGGAAUAAAAAUCAUAACAUUGUAAAGCCUGUAUAAACAUCAAAUUGCCAGCAAACAAAACAACCCCAGGUUAUUAAAAUGUAACUUUGCUGUGCACUCCCAAAUACCUGCUGAAAUAAACUUUCAUCAGUUUCAUAAAACUAACAUUAGGGCUGGCCUGCUAAACUUAUAUAAGGGAGAAAAAUCUAUAGUGAAGGUGCAUCUGCCAAAAAGCCUCAUUCAUACCCCACCCCCACCCCCUGUCACUUGUAGAUUUUUAUUUUAAAAAACUCUUCUAACAUACAAGACAAGGGCGAUAAAGAAAGAGUCUACUGUACUCAUUAAACCACUUCAUCAUCAAUAUGAGCUGCCCAUAUGUCCUAAAUGCUCCCAAAACGAAGAGAGAGAGCAAGUCAUAGUUCAGAGGCAGAGCACACACUUUGCAUUCAGAAGACCCAAGGUUCGUCACCUGGUGCAGCUGGGGAAUAUUUUUGUCUUAAACACUGAAUAGCUGUGGCCAGUCAGUUUACAGCACUGAUGGGAAAACUUUGGCCCUCCAGAUGUUACUGAUCUACAACUCCCAUCAGCACCAGUAAGCAUGACCAUGCUUGCUAGGGAUGAUGAGAGUUGUCGUUCAGCAACAUGGGGGGGGGGCGGCACAGGUUCCCCAUUUUUUGUACAGACAAUAUUGAGUUAGAUGGAACAGUGGUAAAGGGCAGUUUCCCUGUUCAGAAAGAAACACACAGUUGAGUAGUAUUUCUGCUCUAGAUUUUCUCUGUUUCUUGUGUCAAAAGAUUAAGAACUGUCUUGCUGUAUUAGACCAUAAUUAAGCAUCCUCCUUCCAACAGCAGCCCCACCAGAUUCUUCUGGGUCAAUCAGAAGCACAGUGAUGACCUUUCCUCAUCAUUUGUUCUCAUCCUGCAGCCUUCAGUGCAGUAUCAUUUAACCACCAUGGCAAAUAGGUGUUAAUACGUUUGAGGGUGCAUAUGUAACAAAUAACCAACUUUCCCUCAUAUAGCUUGCUUUAGGUGUGUACAUAAAAAAUAACCACCCAGGGACAUUUUUUGGGGAAGGAGCAAGUUGAAGGGCCAAAUUUGACAGGUGGAUGGAGCCACCCACUUGUCAGUCACCAAACACCAUAGUGACAGCAGGUGAUGCUGCCCUUUGAAACCCUGACUGUUAGGACUUCAAAGCAAAGCAUGGGGUAAUUGAAAGCACUUUUGCAAACAGCCCCGCACAGCAUGGAAAGAGUCGCAUAGACAAACUGAGCAGUUAAAUAAGCGUGUGUAUAUUAUUUAUACGUGGUAGUGUUUGUUUAAUGGUCUUGUAAGUUGAGGGUGGGGAUUCAAACCUCCCUUGAUUCUCAUCUUAGAGGAUCCUUUUACAGCCAGUUUAGCUGGAAGGCACCUAUAAAGAACUUUGGUGCCCCUUUCAAUCUCUAAUAGUUAAGUAUUUCGUCUCUGAUUUAUUUUGUUCUGUGCUUCUUUGGGAAACAUGUCAUACUAAGAACAACUUUUGACUCAAUCUGAGGAUGACUAUUGAGUUCAUUGCCACCAAGUUUUUCUGGAAAUAGUUAAUCCACUUGCUGCUUUUGUGAAACUGUAUUGUGAAUUUCUUUUGUGUGCAAAAAAAAUUGAGCUGUACUCUGUGAACUUGCAUUGUAGUCCUCUGUGCGGUGAUAUAUUUCUUGUUGUCUGUCUCUUUCCAAAACAAUAAACAAAUGAAUCCUGUAUAUUGGGUUCAUUCUUCUUAAAAAUGGGGAAACUAUUCUAGUCUGCAGUAGCAAAGCAGAAACAGGUGUGCACUUGUUCAAGUUUUAAAUAAGGAUUAUAUAGACCAGAUAUCUCCAGUCACAGUGAAGGUGAGGCUGCAAAUAUAGCAUUAGGUCAGUUUUAUUAUGCAGAUGAAGUCUUCAGCAUGACCUUUGUGGCUACCCAAGUAUCUCUCUCUUGCCAGCUGGUUGCUGUCAUAGAUCUAUAAAAACCUGUGUUGUUUCUUUUGAAAGUGGUUUGUUUUCUUUUGCUUUGUUCUUACUAUGACAUCCUUCAGCUGCCACUGAUACUAUCUUUUAUUUUUGUGUCCAGGUCAUCCGUUCUGGAUUUAGCUCAUUAGGACAUGGAUGAAGAAUCAUUAACUCACUAUGGGAAAUCGAACAGGGGCCUUUUAGUAGGAGCAUCUAAUUCCUUGGCAGUUAUGUUGGCAACUUGGCUUUCUUGAACGUUUCUUCUUUGUACUCAUACCAAGCUUGAACCAUAUUGAAUCUAGGUUUGUGGAGUUAAAAAAAAAAGGCAGCAUGUCCUAUUGGGAAGAGCGUAUAUUUUAUUUGCUUCUCCAGGAAUGCAGCAUUGUAGACAAACAGACUCAAAAACUGUUGAAAGUACCCAAGGGAAGCAUUGGCCAGUUCGUUCAAGACCGUUCUUCAGGAGGACACACCAGAAGCAACCCUUCGUCAAAAAGCAAAAAAUUGCAGAUAGGAAUCAAGAUUUUGGAGCAGCCCCAUGUGGUCCUCUUCGUGGAAGAAAAAGAAGUUGUUGAUAUAGAUGAGAAACGAGCAGAACUGCUGUUGGCAAUUACCAAUUGUGAGGAGAGAUACAGUAUAUUUAAAAGUAAAGGUAGACUGAGCAAGGGUCUGCACAUUGAUGUCGGCUCACCGGUGAAAGUACAGCUGCGAUUAGGUGAUGAGAAAUAUCCUGGAGUUGUUCGCUUCAGAGGACCAUUAAUACAAGAAAGAUCACUCUCUGGAAUAUUUUUUGGAGUGGAGCUUCUGGUAAGUUUUCUUCUUCCAAGGCUUUAUGCAUUGGGUCAAACAGAUGCUGUGUGUUGCUGUAGAAACAUUCUGAAAAGGUGCAUAGUAUGAGUCUUUUUACUUAGUAUAUUUGUAUCCUAUUUCUCCUCUGAGGAGCAGAGGCCAAAGUAUAUUGAUCCCCACACCAUUUUAUCCUCUCAACUAACUUGUGUGGUAGGUUGGGCUCAGAGUGUUGAGCAACCAUCCUAAGAUCUGGAUGAACCUCAUGACCAGGCAUAGGUUUCAACCUCGGUCUCCCCGAAGACCCAACAUUUUAAUUACUCCUAUGACAGUUCUUAAUGAUCUAUGUUUUUUUCUCCUGCAAACCUAGGAAGAAGGCCGUGGUCAGGGUUUUACUGAUGGACAGUACCAAGGCAAACAGCUGUUCAGAUGUGACGAGGACUGUGGAGUGUUUGUUGCACUAGACAAACUAGAGCUGAUGGAAGAUGAUGACAAUGAGCUGGAGAAUGACUAUGCAGCUCCAGUUGACUCAAUGCAGGUAGAACUUCCUCCUUUGGAGCUCAACUCCAGGGUUUCUGUGAAGAUAGGAAAGAAUAUAGAGUAUGGGACAGUUAUAUUCUGUGAUGUCUUACCAGGAAACGAGAGUUUAGGAUACGUUGUUGGAGUGGACAUGGUAAGAAAUUAACCUGAUUCUUAACUUUUUGCAUGUGUGUUAAAUAGAAGUACAUGCAAUAGUGGUGGGGAGAGAUGGAAUAUUGGCAAGCUACUUAUGGCUCUCGAUUGCUAUGUAUAAUUGCCACCCAGCAGCUUUUUUUAGCAUUGGGUAAAAAUGUAUUGAGUUAGGCUUGGGAACAGCCACUUGCCUGAUCGUGCAUGGCAAGAAAGAAUCUCCUCCAGGGGAUCAGAUGGUGCAGCUUUACUAAAGUUUUAUUUCUCCCUUGCUGAGCCAUAAAUGAUUGCCCAUGUGUAUCCACAUUAGGCAGGCUAGUAAAUUUAUUGUAUGCGCUAGUAACUUAUGUGGGCUUAUUUACAGGGCCUUACUAAAUCUUACCUGACACUAGCCAGGCAAAAUACCCAUUUUCUUGCUUCUAAUGACCAGCCUGCUUUGCUAAAUAAUGUUCCAGGGUUGGCACUACUGAUCUUUUAUAGUUUUCCUCUGAAAAUACAGCCACGUCAAUUUUUGCCUGCAAGGAAAAUGCGAGGCUCUGGCGUAAUGUAAUUCUGUAUGUUGAGUGCAAUUCUCAAGCACUACAGUAACAUAUGCUGAUCCUCGUCUUUCUCCUACUUGUGUUUUGAAACCAGAAGACUUACUGAGGCUUGAAAUAAAGAGAAUGAAACUGAACUAUUACACCCUUAGAAUAUUAGUAGGCAUUCAACAUGAAAAAAAUUGCACCUUAAUGUACUUGUUCACCCUUGCUCUUUAAAGAGGUAGGCAAGUCUUCCCAGUGCUGGAAGCUGUCUCUUAAUGCCAGAGAGAUGAAAUAGAUCCUUCAGGCAUGAAAGCCAUUUAUGUACCUGUUGUGAAUGGCUUCAGUUGUGAAACUUCUGUGCUGCUGACAAACUUUGCUUGGCUUUUCUCCCACCACUUGGGAGGAGUGUUUUUUGCUUUUGUUUCAGUGUUGCCAUUAUCAGUGUAUUAGUGUCUGUGGCACAUUUGUAACCAAACAACAUUGCAGAAUGCAAUCUGUUUCUCUAAAUGUGGAAGACGAAAUGACAACACUACAAGUGUGACACUUGAAAUGUUGUUGCAGAGCAAGUGUUUGCAUUUCUUGUGAAAGCUCGUGCUUCCUGUCUGGGCUGCAUGUAGCCAAGAACUUUAAUUGAACCAUGUAGAUGGUUUCUUGAGUAUCUUCACUUGGGCAACAUGUAAUGGUGUUUUAAAACGAUUUUUAGGAUAAUCCAAUUGGAAAUUGGGAUGGAAGAUACAAUGGACAACAGCUCUGCAGUUUUGCAAGUGUUGAAAGCACACUUCUCUUGCAUAUCAAUGAUGUUAUCCCAGGUACAAUUUGUAUAUUUUGUCUAUAAAAAAGAAAAGUGAGCAAACCCCAGUUCUUAGCACACAUCCUUGUGUCUAAUCAUAGUUUUAAUGUUGCUCAGGAUUCAAUAAUUUUGCUUUAGUCUUAAACAUAUAUGGGAGUGGGGUGGGGACUCCACUAAACUAUUGAUUGGUUAUAUUAUUGCUUUGCUGCCUUGUCUUGCUUUAUUUCUGGAUAAGCUCCUGUGACUCCUACAUGCUUCUGUAUAGACAUCUCCCUUCUUUCCCUCUCACUUUGAUGUGCCAUAGUAACAUAGUGCUGUAUUUUGGUAUUGGUGGUUCCUUGUCCCUUUCCUGGUGUUAGAAUUUGAAGGUUGAAGGCUUACGGUCACUGCAAUGUGGCACUGGGUUUUCUCAGUUGAUGAAUUUUACUGCUGUAUUGUAGUACAGUCAUACCUCGGGUUACAGCUGCUUCAGGUUGCGUUUUUUCGGGUUACGGACCGCCAAAACCCGGAAGUACCAGAAUGGGUUACUUCCGGGUUUUAGCAGUCGCGCAUGCGCAGAAGCGCUCAAUCGCACUAUGCGCAGAAGUGCCGAAUCGCAGCCUGCGCACAGAUGUGGGUUGCGAACGUGCAUCCCGCACGGAUCACGUUCGCAACCCGAGCGUCCACUGUAUUGUAUGUGGUAGGGAAAAGGCAAAACCGUUCUUAUUUGCUGCUAAUAGCUGAGUCUACAUAAUUACUUGUCUCCCAGUCAGUAUUUUAAAGGCCAUACAUAGAUAGUGAAAAAUAGCACAUAAAUGCCUUUCCAGGUGGUUCUGCAUUUUUCAUGCAGUAAUAUUUGCUUAAUCAGAAGGGCACUGUGCACUGGAUUGUUUUCUUACACUUUCUUCAAAGAAAUAUGUUCCAGCGAUGCCCACAUAUGCUCCGACAAAAGAAUUGGCACUUGUGAGCAGUGCUUGGAGCCACAGGCAAUCUGUUCUUUCUUCCCUGUUAUUAGAGUGCAGCAUUUUCUGUUCAGAAGCUCUUGCUGCAUGGUCACUUCUAUGCUGCAUAUGGGGCUACAAUAUGGAAGCUUUUGCUGCUUGGCUUUUUGGCUGUGUGGCAGGGUUAACAAAUGCCCUCCCUGAACAGGGAGAGAUUUGGUGGUUUGCCCAGUAAGGAUCUACUAAGUUGAACCACAGGGAGGAAUAAGCAUAAUGCUAGUUUGUUGGACAGACCUUGUUUUGACCCUUGCACUAAACAGAAAAAGUCAUAGCUAGGCUGCCGGGGUGGUUAGAAUUUUGUACAGCAGUCUUGUGAGAUGAUGGUGUCAGAAAUCUAGAGUUUCACCAGGGAAAGGGGAAUUGGAAUUGGAAUUUAAAAGGGAGGCCAGGCUGCUGUCCGAGGAGAGUUUCUUUCCUGCAGCAGGAAGUUCCAGGUGCAACUAAUGCUGUUACAUUUGAGCUAAUACCGCUUUUAGUUAACUGAGAUGGAUGGGUCACUGCAAUGUAUUACUCAAGUGAUAGGAUGCAGCAGGAUCUGUGAUGUACAGUACAUGAACUUUAGAGAACAUGAGAGCAAAUAUUAACUUGGAAACAACACACUCUUCAAAGUGGUUUUUUAAAAAAUGAAAUAGGACUUUUAAUUGUAAGGAAGAUGCUAUAGACAGAUUGCCAUUUUAAGCAUAAUUGUCAUAUUGUACAAACUUGAGGCAGUGCUUUGCUCCUGCUACUUCUUUCUUAAAGAAACCUACUAGGACAUUUUUUCUUGAAGGAUCAGUCUUUCGAAAAGAUGCUUUCUUCACUGUCUGGCUAGAGAUGAGUUCCAGUGAAAGUAACUGAAGUGUUUUAAUAGAGUUAUUCCCCAGGGGCAACUUGGUUAAAAUGCAAUUGAACAGCUGUAUUUUGAUUAUGAAACAUGAAGACACAUUUCAUUUGAACUCUUUAGUGAAUACAUGGCAUGGUUAAAAAUCCUCAGAUGUUAUGCAGAGUAAAUGGCAAUCUUCUGUGGGUAUGAUAACCAUACUAUUUUGGUGAGGAGUCUGGUGAGGAUUUAGCAAAAAGCACAAUAUUUUCUAUUUGAAUUACUGCUUUUUUAUGCAUGCCUAGCUUUCUUCUCCUCAAUCUUUUUCUUAUUGUUGUUGCUGCUGCUGUUCAAUCACAUCUCCAGCAAAAAGAUUUUUUAAAAAAAAGUUUCAGUGAUGGGGGCUUUUUAUCUUUUUUUAAGUUUGAUAAGUAUUUGCUUCUUCCAAACCACAUAUGAAGCAAAUAAACUUACCAUAACAUGAAGCCAGUGAUCACUUUGGAAUUUUUCUUUGGCUGCGUUAUUUCUCAAUACAGCAUUUUACAAGGUUCACCAUAAUUGAUUGGUGCAGUAUGGGAGGAAACAUAUUCUAAAACUUCUGUGAGAGCAAAUCCAGCUUUUUUGCUUCAGUGUCAGUAAAAUGGAGCUAUGCCCUGAGAUUUUGGAAGAAAAAAAAAGGCUAGGCUAGAUGUCCCAUUGUGUUUUAAAAAGUAUAUAUUAAUAGCUAUAGUCAUCCUUAUUUAACAGUUUUGUAUGGGUCCCAAGGGAGGCUGCCUUCCAUAUUAUGGUUUCUACUUAUGUGAGUGUUCCUGCAACUGAUUAGUUUUGUCCAAGUGACUAUCUGAAAGAAAUUCUGGAUUUCACAAGUAUUUCUGUGACUUGCUUUAUAUCCUAAAGGUGCGUCUAUUUUGUACUAAACUGAUGCUUUAAAGCUAAUGCUAUCUAUACUAUGUACUGUGUGGUGGUGUAAGAUAUCUUAACCUUCUACUCUAUUUUAGAGGCUGUGUCUCAAGACAGGAGACCUCCCAAACUUGCCUUUACAUCUAGAAGUGGCUGUGACAAAGGAUUCAAUCAUAGUAAGCCAAAGUCUACAGGUACUUUUACUCAACUACUAUUUAGCAAAGUGCCAGGUAUUUCUCCUGUCCUUGUACAUGAGAAUUGUGACAUGCAGUCCCUUGGAGUUGUGGGUUCAGAGGUGGGUUUCCACAGAACUGAUCCCACAUGUUUUGUAGAACAGUGGCUCCCCAAUAAGUGGAAUGUGUAACAAGAUACUACAUUCGCUUGCAUAGUUAGCAUACAAAGGAGGUUAGAUUGUACAUCUUGUGAAACAUUUCUGAGGAUUUUCCUGUCUUGCACUUGUUUUGUAAAACUGUGGGAGGGAUUUCUCUUCCCCCAGACUGAGUGCACAAAUAGCCUACACAUGGCUAUGGAAGUAGAAUUUUUUGCUUGGUUUCAGUCGGCUCUGACCACAGUGACAUAUGCCUUAGUUACAUAUUGUUUGUAUUACUGUAACACGCUACCUGUAACUGCCUUUAAAGAGUGUUCAGAAAUCAGCUGAUUCAGAAUGCUGCAGCUCAGCCUCUUGACCAGGGCUGGGUAUAGGGAGCAUGUAAUUCCCACGCUACAACAAUUUUGCUGGUUACUUGACUGUUUUCUGGUCACAAUACACAGUGCUCGUUGCUACAUAUAAAGCCCUACUUGACUUGGGGACCAGAUACCUGAAAGACCGUAUUUUCCUAUUCAAGCAUGCCUGGGUUUUUUUUUAGAUCUUUGGUAGAGGUCCCUCUUCCUGUCUUACCAACAUCUUAAGCACGUCCGUUGGUAACUCAAGAGAGUGCUACCUUGGUGAUUGCUUCUAGACUCUGGAAUUCUUUGCCAAGGGAGGCCUAACUAGCCCGUCUCUGAUGACCUUGUGCUGGGAAGCAAAUACACUUUUAUUCAGACAUAACAUUUAGCCUCAUAAGUUGACUGUUAUAGCCAAGGUAAAAGUUGCAGUUUGGGCAACUGGCUGUUGUGUGUGUUGGUUUUAAGGGAUGUUUUUAAGCUUUGUAUUUUUUCUUGUUAGUCACCUUCCGCAUCUUUUGAUGGAAAGGUGAAAUAUUAAUUUAACAAAUAAAGAUAAUAAACGGAUAAAGCACUUUGUUCCAUUGCUCUGGAAAGCAUUAAAAGUGGUUAUUACUGCAAUUUGCAGCCUGUUAAAUGUAUUAUGGCAGGAACUUAUGUGGGCUAGAGUCCAUUUCAUCAAAUGUGUGAACCUUAUGGAGGAAUCAACAGAAGCUGAUCCAUUAAGAAAUGUGUUCAUCCCAUUGCAGCAAAAAAACCCCACAAAACCUUGUAGCAUCUUAAAGACAGCUACUUCUCUAAGAGCAGAAAGGUCAAGUAAUUCUAACCUAAAGUGGCCAAUUAAAUCCUCCAUGUAUGUUCCUUUGGAAGUAAACAUUCUGAAGUGAAAGCUCCAUAUUUUUGAAUUGUUCCUGCAAGUAAUAAAGGGAACAGAGUUCCACUGAAUAGGAGAUGGAGGAGGUUAAAGAGGUACAGUUAAUAGUUUGCAACUUGAAAGGUUCUCUCUGUGUAGCUUGAAAAUGCAAGCUGAGAACAUUAACAAUAUGGGUGCCGAGAGGGUUAUACAUUUGUUGCAGAGAUUGGACCAGAUGAUUGGCAGGUUUCUUUCUUAAAGUUGUACAAGUUAGACUCUGGUAAUGACAUUUUUACAGACCCUACUCUUAAUAAGCUUAGCAGGAAGACUUGGUUUAAAGGACUGUAAGGCUUGUUUUUUUCCAUAAUGCAGCAUUUUUUAUGUUUUUUUCCUCCCCUUUGUCUCCUUUAUGACAUGGUUUGUGUCUUAGGUGCACUCUCAGACCCUGGAAAUAGAAACAGAUCAGAAAUUUUCUACACUUUAAAUGGCUCUUCAGUAGAUUCCCAACCACAGAUGAAAUCAAAAAACACAUGGUGUAUUGAUGAAGGUAAUGAGAGACUAGACAUUAAGUUUGAUCACAGGCGUAAUAACAAAUUAUAUGAUGAUUAAAUAUACUGCCUUCAGAUUAUUCUGGCCACAUUUUGUGUGUACUCCCUAACAAAAGACUUUUUAAAGGGCUUACUUCGGUUGAGAUGUGUAUUAUUAUCCUGUGUAGUGGCCAGAAUCCAAAGAGCUACUUAAGCUCACAUGAGGGGCUUGGUGCUAGCCCAGGGGAAUUUAUUUUACUGUCUCAUUUGCACAGCUGACCCCUAUACAAACUGCUUUUGAAAAUUGCCCUCUUUUUCUGAAGCAGUUUGCUAUGGUUGGGGGCUCUGAGAAAAAUGAGUGGGCUCACAAUGUUAGUUUUCCUUCUUCUUUGGAUCCUGGCCUAAGUUUAUUGAAUAACUCAAGGCAUUUUACUUGGCACAUCUCACAUAGUAACUUGAGCUUUUCAGCCAUAAUAGAUAAUUCCUUAGGCUACAUUCUGUGCACAUUUGAGCCUAGUCUUCUUAUUAGACCAGCUGGACUGUAGGCACAGGAUGCAAGAUGCUUAUAAAUAGUAACUUACCACUAUCUCAGCUUGUGAUCUCAUAUGCUGAGCAUUGACUCAUGAUUUAUUUACAUAUCUUCAGGUAGUGUUGGUGACUUUAUUAUUUGGAACCUCUGAGUUGACAGGUCCUGCCUUUGCUAGAAUUAGGUUGGGGGUGCAAACUUACAUUUUUGAAUUACAGACUUUUCCAUUACAGAGUGGCAGCAUUCAGUUUUUUUCAGACACAGGACCCAGCUAAGUCAACAUGCAUCAUGAAAUUCAGUUUAAAUCUUUCUGUUGUAUAUGUUUUCCCCAGUUCCUUCAUUUUCUUUUUCUGAGAACAUUUACACUGCACACAUGCUAGGUUUGCUUCUCCCCAGGGAACUUUGGGAAUUGUAAUUUGGGGAUGGAGGAAAGAGAACAGUAUUUUCUAAGUGAAUUCUUGUUAGCUGUGCUGAAUUACAAUUCCUAAUGUUUUAAGCCACAACAGUUAAGCUAGUAGUGUGUAACCAGUGUAAAUCUGUAGUACAAAAGCAUUGUUUUCCAUCUCUCCACAUAUGGGAUUGUAGUUAAUGAGUUGCCCAAUAGUCUUCUUUAAUAAUAAUAAACUGCCAACACAAAUGCAGAAUGCACCCUGGAAGUUACAUUUUGAAGAAUACAGAACAGUGGUCUCCACGCUUUCUACGUUCAGGGAACCCUUUCCAUGCCAGCUUGUCUCCUGAAGAACCCAUCUGCCAUAGGAACCCUGUGCACUGGAGAGGAAACUGGAGGAAAGCUUUAUAGGGUGUACGUACAGUUUGUACAGAGCAAAGGUCAAACUUGUAUGGUACUUCUGAUGCCUGCAUGAACUGAAAGCAUGCAAGAACCCCAACAAACACAAACAUUCAAUGCAGGUUGGGAUCAACGCAGAAGACUGGUAGCAAGAACACCAGUUUCAUAGAAUUUAGUAGAAAAACCACUCCUUUAGUUGUAAUUAAAGUAACAUCCUUACAUUGCAGCUAAACGUUCAUCAGUUUUGUUGACUGGCAAAUUAAAGAAAAAUCUGAUGUCCUUCUGAUCUUUCUGCUUCCUCUGAAGAUUUCUGUCAGAGUAAGAGCAUAGAUAUUCACUUGGAAGUAGGUCUCAUUAUGUCCAAUGGGGCUUACUCCCAUAAAUGUGUGUAUAGGAUUGUAGCCUGAGUCUCUUCGUUCUCCCCCCCAUCCCUCCCUUGGAAAAAUGAUGGGGAAAAUGCCUGUCCCUUGUUACCUCAUCUCGCUUGGCUUUUUCUGAGCAAUUGCCAGAGUAUGCUGUUUUAAAUAUAAGUAGGUCAUUCUUUCAGAAUAGAAUCUAGUGCAAGAGAUAGAUGCCAUGCAUAUUUUACUCCUUUUGUGUAGAAAGCACACAGCAUUAGUUCAGACACUUAGUAAAUAUUAUUCUAAUUCAUAUGCUUAUUUACUGUUUUUCUAAAAACAAUUCAACAGUUGCUGAAGAUUCUGCAAAGUCCCUUAACGACUCCUCUACUGGGUUUGGGCACUCUUCGCCGCCGCUGCAGCCUCCCCCAACGAACACUUUAUCUGCCGAAAACAGAUUCCAUUCCCUGCCUUUCAGUCUGACUAAGAUGUCCAGCGGCAGCAAUGCUAUUGGACACAGUCCGCUCUCUUUAUCUGUACAGUCGGUUAUUGGAGAGGGGAACGCAGGGGCCACCCAGGAGAGCACACCGCCGAUGGUAGCGCCCAUCAACAUGCAUGGGCUAGAAGCAGGUUCCUUGGCGGAAGUAAAAGAGAACCCACCUUUCUACGGAGUAAUCCGUUGGAUUGGGCAGCCUCCGGGAGUCAACGAAGUGCUAGCGGGGCUUGAACUGGUAAAUAACGUUCGUUUCAAAAGUUUGCCACUCCUGCCCAUUUUAUGUCCAGCUACUUCUUCUUUUAAGAAACACCUGAGCCCUAUUCAGGUGUUCUCCCCUCUGCGCAGUUACCAUCACAUAGCGAUUGGGAGAGCAGGGCGUGCUUCUUGUCCCUGCCGACUCUGUAUCGCAGUCACCACUUCCACAGUCCUCCAGAUCAUAGUUCUAAACUGCAUGUGGAGCCCUCAUGAACAGAAACAUCUCCCUGCUGCAGAGGCUUGGGGGCUGUUGGCAGGGUGGGGUGGGACACAGAAGCACUCCCCUUAAAAAGGUUGGUAAUUGCGUGGGGAGGGGGACGACACCUGCAGAGGGCUCUUGUUCUGCUGAACUUUGUAGUUCAAACUUGUGGCGUCAGUAGAAUCUGAUUCUUAGCAGUGUGAAAAGUUGUAGCGUGGUUCACAGCACAGAUUUACCUUGCCCCACUUACCUCUUCAAAUAGAUGUUCAGUUUACCUCUUGCCUUCCUUGACAGAGGCAAGUAACAAUUGUGUUUCCAGGCAAGCAGAAAAGUGGCAGAAUUGCACCUCUCCUUUCCGUGCUGCCCCUUUGGCUUUGACUGGAAAGAGUAGCAUGGAGAUACUGUAAUCCAGGUCAGUUGCAGUGAUAAAGAGGUGAAUGAGCAGCUGGAAUAGUAUGGAUCCAGUGUGUAUGUGUGUACAUACACUCAGUGAUUCCAUGACUAUUUGAAAAGCUGAGAUUCUUGCCUUGUUUAAUGGCCUUGAACCUGGAGUUGUCUGAUAUUUUCUGUUCAUGUGGCAAGACAGUCUCAAAGGAAGUGCUUUCUGCCAGGAAUUCUAGGUUAAAGAACUGCAUUUUAAAAACUUUUCUACUUGAGGGAUCCCUUUCCACAUCAACAUUGAACCCCUUGCAUGCUGCAGAAGCUUCUGGGAAAAGGCAUUCAAGAAGUGUGUGUGCAGGGUACUGGUGAGAUCUGUUGGGCCUUGCUGCCAUCCUGCAUCAGCUGGGCAUGUUAUAAGGCACACUUGCCAAGUCCCCUCUGUAGCUUUAUAUUGCUGGGGAAUAUAAGCAAGCUGUUUUCCAGAGAAGCCUCUCUGCCAUUAUUGGACCUUCUCCUUCCUGAAACUGUUUGAAAGCCACUAAAUAGCAGCAGGAUGAUAGUAUUUUAGAUGCUGGAUACACUCGCAAUGUAAAACUUGUUUAAUUAUCGUAGUUUACAUGUACUCAGUAUCUGCUUUCUCCCUGUAAAGAACCAAAUUACAACAGGAAAUGUAAACUGGUGUUGAAACCUGUUGCUUGUAUAUGUAUUGCUGUAUUAGCUAGUAAGCUAUUUUCUUAGCAAGUGGCAAAAAAACUUUUGGGCAUAAUGAAUUGAUGUUGACAUUAGAGAGAGAUUGCACUGCACAGCAUCCUUAAAACCAUUGCACUUAAGAAUUAAUAGCAUGCAUGCUCAACUCCCGCAUGGCUAAACAAAUGUUGGUACCUUUGCAUACAGUAAUUCCCCAUGGAACUUGCUGUGGGCUGAUGUGUUUUGUGGGAGGGAAGCAGAACAAUCCAUCAUCACACUUGGGGAAAAAUUGGGGUGGGGAAAAAUAGAAUGCACUCAUAUUUUCAUUUUCCCCCAUCACCUACAAUGGGCUAGCAGACUAAAAAUGAAGUUUUGAGCUAUCUAUUCAAAAGGUACGCAAAGCACUUGGAUUUGCUCUCUCCAAAUGCCUUAUUAAAUUUGCAUUUUCAGUUCUAUGUUGAGCUGUCCAUGAGUUUUGAGUGUUUAGAUAGGUGGUCUCUUUCUCCGUUGACUUAGGUUUUCCCCACCAAAAUAGUUUUACAAUUGUAAAUAGAAUUUUCAGAGAAGAUGGCAUUGCUUAAUGUGGCUUUUAGCAUGAUGUUGCUGCGGCUUAAUCAGGUCAACCCUUUAGAGCUGAUAUGGCAGACUUGGCACACACAGUGCAACCUUGUCAAACACUGCUGUUGCUAGACUGCCAUUUGUUUUGGCCGUUUGUCGGCAGAGGCUCUUGGGGAGACUGGAGGAUGCUUACAGGAUUGCACCCAGAUCAUGGCUUCAUAGCCAAAAAACUAUUAGGUGCUUCAAAUAUGAUAUUAAGGAAUAGCUUCCAAGGUGCUGCAUGUGUUAGUUUUUCCAUUAAGGCAGGUAAGUCUGCCUGUUUGCCUUUUCCAGGAAGACGAAUGUGCAGGCUGUACUGAUGGAACAUUUAAAGGAACUCGAUACUUUACCUGUGCACCCAAGAAGGCUCUCUUCGUUAAGUUGAAGAGCUGCAGGCCAGAUUCCAGAUUUGCUUCAUUGCAGCCUGUGUCCAACCAGAUUGAACGCUGCAACUCCUUAGGUAUUGCUCUUUUCUUUCCCUCUGUUUCCUAUUUCUAUCUAGCCAUGUAAAACUAAGUCUCUCUCGAUUAGGAGUAAAUUUAAUACAUUUCCAUAUCAAUUUAUUUAUAGUUACCACCUUCAAAAGGUUUUUUAAAAACAAAACAAAACCUAUUUCAAAUGGGUAACAAAUGAAAAACUCUCAAACAAGCAGAUUAUUGUUCUAUUGUUUACUAAAUUCCCAUCCUGGCCUUCAUCCUGAAGGAGCCCAGGACGGUAACAAUAGCUCCAGCAUCCGGGCAGGCUGAUGUGGGGAAAAGCGCUCUGUCAGGUAUUUCGGACCCAAGUCAAGUAGGGCUUUAUAUGUCUGUGUUGAACACUGGGCUCAGUAGCAAAUUGGCAACCAGUAGACUUUAUUAAGUAAGAAAAGACUGUAAAAGAAAUGCUAGUUUUCAUGCUGUUGCUUCCUACACUUAAGGCAUCUGCAGUAUAUUUGAAAUUAGUGUCAGUUAUAGCUAGUAUUUGGAAGGAUCAGCACGAAGAUGGCCUCUGUGGUUUUAGAUCCUUGUUUUUUAUGGAUACUGAAGAUGAAAAGUACUACAGGCUUGGGACACUUGAGCUUUUUGACAUGUAUGAACUGUCCUCCUUAACUUCACCCUUGCAUCUUCAGUGUUGGUUUGUUAUUGCUAGCAGGUUACCUUUGUUCUGUGUUGGAAGAAGUUAUUUUCAUGAUGCACAGCCCCCUGCCCUAUCCGAGGGCAAAAAAGUCUGGUGGGGGGAGGCACUCGAGAAAAUUGCAAGAACGUCCAGAUGCAAAGGGAGGCAGGAUGAUCAGAUAUGGCUUGGUUGUGUACGUGGGAGAAAUUAAACCGCCAAAGCCAAGGGAGUGAGGUGGUGGAGGAGGAGCAGGUAGCUACUUCUAUGCAAGCCAUACCAGUCAAAGAACCCCUGAGGCCUCACCAUCUGCUUCUCAGUUCCUCCAAGGACAAACACUGCCACUUCAUUCUCCCUUGCUGCUGCAACUCUUGGAUCCACGAAGGAGUUUGAGUCCCUUGCUUACUCUCAACCUUUUGUCUUUAAGCUUUUGGGGGUUACCUAAGUGAAGUGGUUGAAGAAAACACUCCCCCCAAAAUGGAAAAAGAAGGUCUAGAAACAAUGAUUGGAAAGAAGAAAGGAAUUCAGGGUCACUAUAACUCCUGCUAUCUGGAUUCCACCUUGUUCUGGUAAGUAAGGAGCUGUCCUUUGAACGCCUAGAUGAGGGGAAAGGACAUGAGUGCACAACAAACAGCGCAAAUAUUUCAGAUGAAAGUUCAGUAGAGUGACAUUAGCCGUCUAUUGUGCUUUGCUGUGCAAUGAAUGGAGUUCACUGAAAGUAGCUUGACCUGGAAAGGUGAGGAAUUAAGUGUGGGUGAUUUUCUCAGUGAAGCCAUUUCCUGAUGCUUUAAUCUUGAUCUGCUGUGUCAGAUAUCUUUUUGGGGAGGCUGGGAAGCACCUCACUGCCUCUUGCAUGGCUGGAUGAGUGGAUGAGGAGGAGGAAGUAGUGGCAGGUGAAGGUCCAUGGGGAAGGUUGUGAAGGGAUCAAAUGAGGUGACACUACUGGGGUUCUGCUGUGGCCUUGUCCACAGUAUGGGAUGUAACACGACCAGCCUCUGUAUUUAUAUUGCACUUACAGAAUACCUAGCUCUUUGUGAUAGAUGGCCAUUACAGCGGAAUCUGAAGUAGCCAGAAAUUGCAAAAUUAACUCUGAUUUGUUGUGCUUCCUUGGCACAGCAAACACACCUGUCUCAAUAACGCAAAAAUGUUUACAAAAAACAAGCAAACAUGAGAGUAGCAAUAGCAGCCAGGCAAAAAAGCACACAAUCUACAUUACCAGUUGGAGAGCACCUGAUCCUUCCCUGUCAUUGUCUCACUGUCUUCUACAGCAAGGAUGGGGAACCUGUGGCCCUCCAGAGGUUGUUGGACUACAACUCCCAUCAGCCCUGGUCCUUAUGGCCAGUGGUCACAGAUGAUGGGAGUUCAUCAGCAUCCGGGGGGCUGCAGAUUCCUCAUCCCUGUGCUACUGGCUUAAAACUUUCCGUAGGGUUUAGAGUUCUUCCCCUCCACUUUCAUGUAGGGUGGUGGUAGCAGAGCCACAUCUGCUUGCUAGAUCACAUAAAAUUGUGAUGUAGCAGCCAGCCCCUUAACCAGCUGUUCUCUCCAGGAAGUAGAUGACUGUGAGUUCUCUGCCAUAAAACUGCCAAUAAAUAAACAUAAAAAUAAAGGAAAAACCCUCUCUGAAGGCCCUCAUUUCAUUGUAUGACAGUCGUAUUGAGUAUCAUAAUCUCUUGAGAGUGGGAUUGCACUUCUGGCUGCUGUUUGACAGCUUUGGCUGAAUCUCACCCUGGCAGCAAGCUUGCAUUUUCCCCUCGAGAAACUGGGAGGGAUGGUAUGCUUCUGAUGUCUUUCAAUCAAAAUUGGCUAACUUCAUCUUUCCUACUUCUAGUCUGCUCCUUAUUCUACUUGCUGCUCCUUUUAAUAUUUGAUGGUAGAGUUCACAUUCUGUAUACUAUGCAAAGUGGCUCAAACUUCCUUUGUAAAGUGUAAGGUAGUAUGCAUAGUAGCCUCAGCUUUUGGCAAGACUGGAACAAUUCCCUGCCAAAACUCAGAUCCUCUUGCUGGCAGUAAGGAAUAGUUCUAGUUUCUUCUGUUAGUAGCAGCAGUCCAUAGUGGCAAUGCAAGAGUGAGAUGCCCUUCACAAGCACCUCAGCUUUAGGGUAUCCUCUAUUGUUGCUGUGUUUCCAGAUUGAAAUUAGCUUCUCCCCUCUUUCAGCCUGUUUGCAUUCAGCUCUGUUUUGGACACAGUCUUGCUCAGACCAAAAGAGAAAAACGAUGUAGAAUAUUACAGUGAAACUCAAGAGCUUCUGCGGACAGAGAUAGUCAAUCCUCUCAGAAUGUAAGUACGGGCAAAUGAAUUGUUUCAAAAUUUUCAAUAGUUUUCAAAAUGUAUUCCUUGCUUACCAUUUCUAGUCUUCCCUGUACAAUGUAUAGAUAGGUGAAGAGCCGAGUGUAUUAUUGGCAAAUACAGGCAGAUGGUGAAGGCUUAGAUAUGUGGCCUGCACCCUAGAGCGUGAUCCAGAAUCCUAUGUAACAUGCAGGUAUUUCUUUGGCAGAAUUCCUUGAAAGCAGAAAGUUUGGAAACGACUUUGCUAAAUCAACCUCCCCAGUUUCUACCUAGCCCUUUCAACUCUUUUCUUGUUUAACCCAUACUGCUUUUUUUAUAUAGUUCCAGCUCCCUGGGUUUUGUCAGCAAGGUGUGGCAUUCCUGAUGUGGAACUCAAUAUCAUUUCUGCUGGGAUGAGUACAAUGAGAAAAUGAAAGGGCCCUUUGUUUUCAUUCCUAGAAGAGCAGUUGGAAGAAUGUUGCAUAUAUUCAGAAUAUGUAUGGAGGCUUCGAAACAAGUUUGCUCUGAGUAUAGCUGCAUUGCCCUCAAUUCAGAAAACCUAUGUACUUCUUCAAAAUGUGGGGCUCAGAAACUGAGAGCCCAUUACCUUAGCAUUUUCUUUGUUGCUUGUUCUCAUUCUGCUCUACUAAUGUGUGAAACAAGGAAGUUUUAUAGUUACCCAUUCUGCCAGUUCUGUGUAUCCCCAUGCGCCUUAAAGCUUCAUAUCCCUUUGAGGUUCACCAUUACUCUCUCUCCUCAGACUCUUCAUCUUUUUAUUCUAGAUAUGGAUAUGUGUGUGCAACAAAAAUAAUGAAGCUGAGGAAAAUCCUGGAAAAAGUGGAAGCAGCUUCAGGGUUUACCUCUGAAGAGAAAGGUAACUUGAUUUAUUUCUUUUUAUUUAAGAAGUUUAUAUACUGCUUUUCAUUGUAUAUCCCAAAGUGGAUUACCAAAAAUAAAAUGCAAUUUUAUUUGAGCUUUACCAAACUCUGUAUCAUUGGUGAGGGAAAGGGAGUGAAUAGGGAUGGGUGUUUCGGUUACAAACUGAAAGUUCUGAAUUGUGAGUGAUAUUGAGAGAGAUGGUUCUGAGCUGGUGCCAAAUUUAUUAGUGACUGUCAGAACGUUACUAUUUAUCAGCAAAAAAUCUGAAAUACCACCCAUUUCAGAGUUAGAUCAGAAAAGUUUGAAACAUGAUGCUCCUGACUAAAUUAAUGUAUUUUUCCAGGAGCUAUUAUAGAAAGCAAGCGGAUACAUUUAUGUAAAUAUGCUUCUAUUUAUUUAUUAUGCUUUAGAACAGUCUCCAAGAUCAGGAAGCGGUGGAUCCAAGAAAGUGCAAGGAUUUCCAUUUGCUCCACAGAACUUCUCAUUCCUCUCCUCCCUGCUGUCUGACCCUACCUCCAAUCUGUUCUGGAGGUUCCCCAGUCCUCCAGAGCUGGUUUGGGAUUGGUGCAGGGGGCAUGUGGGAAGAGGAGGGGGAGGUUCCAUUGCGCAGUCCUUGUGCUUAUGGAAUGACCUGAUUGGAUACAACCCAUUCUGUUUCUGCCCUCAAAGUUUUAGUUUAACUCUCUUGUGCUCUGAUACUGUGCUUAUACUAUAUUUCUGGCUAUAUGGCUUUUUAAGAGCAUAUUUUAGAGACAAUCCACUACAUGUUUUAGAAAGUUGUUUGUUAGGUAUGCAUUUGGACACGUCUUAAGAUAUUGCAACAAAAGUUCCUGAAAUCAUUUGGAUACCAUUGGGUGCCAUUUUGAAUAUUUUGAAAUGGCACUUAUUUCAACCAGUGAUUUCAUAACAGCUGGGGUUUUUUCGGCUUAGAAUUCCUGAGUGAUGUUGGGUAUGAGGUGGCUAAUGCUUAAUAUAGCUAGGUUAAUGUACUAUAUUCUUUUUUGUGCACAUAAUAAUGUCAUUAGAAUAUUGGAGAGUUUCAGCUAAGUUUGUAUUUUUUUUUAGAAUGAUAAUGGAGAAAUUGAGUCUUGAUAAUCUUGACUAUUUAACUGUUUUUAUAAAUCCUUUUGUAUUCAACCGUUUAUAAAAUAUGCUCCCUGCUCUUUGCCAGUUUGGUUAAAAUGAUUUUUUAUGUGAACAUUUAUUUUAAAAUUAUUUGGGUCUUACAUAUUAGUCUUUGUUUGAUAUACAACUCUCUUUUCCCCCAGAUCCUGAAGAAUUCUUGAAUAUUUUGUUUCAUCAUAUUUUGAGAGUAGAGCCACUGUUAAAAAUAAGGUAAAAUAUUCCUCUGCUUAAGUCAUGUUUCAAAAUGAAGUUUCGGACUUCCAGGAACAUGAGCUUUCAGAGACAUCGAUUUAUGAUGGAAAUGCUGUGAAAACUGAGUUGAGCUUAAUCCUUUGCCUGGUGAUCAUAGGCAACAAGGAACUUUACACAGGCAAGUGGGUUACAGGAUGCCGGGUGGGGGGCAGGACUAAGCACUCUGCCCCUCCUUCUGGCAGCCCCCUGCAUUUCCAUGACUGCCUUGUCUACACCCCACGUAAAAUCACAGCCUACAUAUUUAGUUUGCUAUUAAAAAAAUAACAAAACCCACCACCAGCCCCUCCUAUCACUAAAAGCAGACUAGUAAAAAAAGGGGGGCAUCUAGUAACUAGUGGUCUUCAGUGUAUGGGCCUUUAGUUGUGUAUCUCUUUAGAUUUUGUACUACUGUUUAUGACAUUGAGGAUUCCCCCCACACACCUCUGUUCCAAAAAUUGCUAAGAUUUUGGGAGGGGUGUCUGUGUGUUGUACUGUAUACAAUCCAAUUUUUUAUUCAUGUUCACACUGGGCCAAAAAUUUAGCUCUGCCUAAUAAGCACACAAAGUUGCUCACCUGAUAAACUAGUAGCUUGAAUUUCCCCUGCAUUGAAUUCCUGAUUGGCUAUGACUACCAGGCAUGUUAGUAAAUAUAAAGCAGUUUUAGUUUCAUCCUUGUCAUAUCGAGUGUUUGGGAUGCCCGCACAAGCUCUCAUAUCCAUUCCUCCUUCACAGUCAUGCAAACUUUCCCUUCCCCGGCUCUCCCUUGUUAAGUAUUAAAUAUGAUUCAGCAGUACAUCUGCUUGGGUACAAAUGACCCUUGUUAAACAGCGGUUACAAUCUGUAUAACUGAACAUUCAUUUCAGAAUUAUGGGAGUCAACAUUACUGUAUUUGCUUUGUUAUGAAUGGUCUUAAUUGAUACAUAAUAGUGAAAGGGCUGUCAAAAAACACUGAAACCCAGGUAAUCCAACAGGUAUUUCUAUAUCUCUUAGUUGGAACUUCAUAGCUGACAAACCGGUGGUAAUCUGUUGAGAGGAUUUAAACACUGUCUUGAACACCCAUGUAGGAAAAGAAGGUUGGAUUAAGACUAAAUUAGUUGAACUUGGAUCCCACAGUGUGACAAAUCAUGACUUAAAUCCAGUUGAAAACAAUGGGACUUGAGAUCAGCUAACAUACCGUAUUUUUCGCACCAUAGGACGCACCGGACAAUAGGACGCACUUUGUUUUAGAGGGGGGAGAACAAGAAAAAAAAAUUCUCCCCCUCUCUGCCCAGCGCCCCUUCAGCGAAGUGGCAGGAGAACUUUCCCCCUCUUGUUUUCCCGCUCUGAAACAAGGUGCCGUUUAAGGUGUGUUCAGGCGGCUACCUUGGAAGCCUGGAGAGCAAGAGGGGUCGGUGUGCACUGACCCCUCUCGCUCUCCAGGCUUCAGGUUCCUUUCGACCUGCUCUUUGGGGCUGGUGGGGGGAAGCCCACCACCAGCCCCAAAGAGCAGGUCAGGGAGCAGCGGAAAGGCGCAGCGGAGAGGCUCCUGCCAUAGCCGCGUGUCACCUCUCCAGCCGGGAGAGGGUCGCGGGGCUAUGGCGUCUUCGCUCCAUAGGACGCACACACAUUUUCCCUUCAUUUUUGAAGGGAAAAAAGUGCGUCCUAUAGAGCGAAAAAUACGGUAAUCUGGAUCCAGCUCUGUUUUUUUAAAAUUGCCUUACAAAAUGCUUACUCUUUCCCAAAGGUAUUUUUUAGUUUUUGUAACAGAACACAUUUGUCCAAAUGGAUGAAAGAAUAGUUAAAUGUCCUCUUGUUCAUCAUUAAGCCUUAUCAUUUUUUAUCAAAAUCUGUUUUGAAAAUACUCUCUUUUCUUAGAUCAGCUGGUCAAAAGGUUCAAGACUGCUACUUCUAUCAGAUUUUUAUGGACAAGAAUGAGAAGGUUGGAGUUCCUACAAUUCAGCAGCUACUGGAAUGGUCUUUUAUCAACAGCAACUUGAAAUUUGCAGAGGUUUGGAGGAUAUUAUUUGCUUUCAUAAAAUUUAUACCCAUUGGAUAUAUAAUUUCACUAAAACAGCUGCAUUUUUUUCUUGGCUCUUGCUAGGCACCCUCAUGUCUGAUUAUUCAGAUGCCUCGAUUUGGAAAGGACUUCAAAAUGUUCAACAAAAUCUUUCCAUCACUGGAAUUAAAUAUCACAGACCUACUGGAAGACAGUGAGCAUAAAAUAUUGUUCAUGACACUAUGGCUGAUCAUAGAGUAUUUAGAAAUAGUUUUAUUUCUUCUGGCAUUUGGUGGUGUUUGGCUACUGCACAGACUGGUGGUGCUAUGAGCCACGUGAAUCAUAUUUUAUUUGGCAUAUUUUAUUUCCGUUAACAGAAAUUUUGUCUAACAUUCUGCUCACAAAAUAUUAGGAGAACAGCAUAUUGGUGGUUGACUGUGGACAGGCUUUAGGGGUGGUCCAGCCUUGACCACAAUGCCUUCUGCCUUCAUUCUCUUUUUGUCAGGAUAGAUGACGUUUAUAUACAUACAAAACUGGACCCAUUUUUCCAGACCUUGUUUAUUACACUGGUAGUCUUACCCGCCGUCAGGAAACUUGGAACAUAUACAGCAGGACUGGUGAAUCUGUGGUUCUCCUGAUACUGCUGGCCUCUAAACUCCCAUUAAGUCCUGGCCAAUAAACAGGGAUGCUGGCUAUAAUUUAUUAUCCACUCUUCGCCCUAAGGUUCUGGGUUGCAACCAUUAAAGCACAACAUGAAAAAACAGUUUAAAACAACUUAAAAUCACAAAAAUAAGGUGGGUUCUAAAAAUAUGCACCUCAAAAACACGUAGAGGUGUUUUUUCUACAGUCAAGUUGUAUAUAAAGUUUAUGAAAUAAAACAAGUGUCAAAAGCCAGCAUGAAGUGCUGUUUAUUCAGCAUUCACCAAAAGCUAUAUAAUGAAGAUGCCAUUUGUGGGGUGGAAGUACCACGACUUGGGGGCAGCCACCGAUAAUACCUUUUCCUGGGCUGCCACCUAACCCCCCCCCCCUUCAAGCUUUUGGGAGUGGUCAAAUGACCAAUAGGGUCUCUCCGCUGAUCUUAACACCUGAUUGGGUCUGUAGGAAAUGGUAGUCCUGCAACAUCUAGCGAGUCACAAGUACUUCACUCUAGGUGUGUAUGGAGUUCCCUGGCAGUCUCCCAUCCUGUCCGUUCUGCUAAGUUUCAGAGGUACUUUGGGGGCCUUCAGGUUCUUCUCCUUCUCCAUCAGCUUAUCAGUUGUUAAAUAGAAGAAGAACUGAGCUUAAUUUCUGUGUGUAGCCCUUUGGAAAAGUAUUUUCUUUUUCUCAUCAAAAUUAUGAAUGGAAGCAUUCUAUCCAUUUUGUUCACCUUCCCUCAAACAACCAUGAGGGUUGGUGUGUUUUUUGCAUGAAUUUAAAACUGAAGGAAUUCUUUAUGGCUUGUGUCUGCAGAGUAGAGAUUUAUUUCACUGAUUCAUUUCUUUUAUAAACGUGCAUGAGUGAAAUAUAUGUGCUGUAAACAGGGCUGUUGCUUUUCUUUUUGCUUCAGUGUUGGAGAAAUCACUCCAGUGUUGGAGUGUAGGAGUGUCGCCUUGUUCGGUUUCAACAGUAUAUCAAACUGUGUUAAGUCUUUCACCCCAAUUCUUGUACACAAAAUCAUGAUUUGCUAUAAAAAGCACCCCUCCCCCUGUUUAUAUUAAGUCAUGCCUAUGUUUGUCUUAACAUGUUCAUGCUGACUAACACAGCUUUGAAGGGAUGGCUGCUUCCACUGUUCAUACACAAUUUUGAUAGUUUCAUCUUGCUAAAUACAGCUCCUAGGCAGUGCCGUAUCUGUGGAGGACUUGCAAUGUAUGAAUGCCGAGAAUGCUACGAGGAUACCGACAUUUCUGCUGGGAAGAUCAAGCAGUUUUGCAAAACCUGCAACACUCAGGUAAGUUACUCUUUCAGAAUGUCUUGGGACUGGUGUCUGCUCAGAGCUCAGCGCCAGGAAUCUCUCCAGGGGCAGUGGGUGCCUUCUCAGAGAACUGUGAGAUUUGGUUUCCUUUGAAAAACAGUAAGGCAGAAGAUGACCUUGCAAAAAACUUAUUCUAACCCUCCUUGUCAAUUACAGGUUCACCUUCAUCCCAAAAGGCAGAGUCAUAAAUUCAAUCCAGUGUCUCUCCCUAAAGAUCUACCAGACUGGGAUUGGAGACACGGCUGCAUACCUUGUCAGAAGAUGGAGUUAUUUGCCGUUCUUUGUAUAGAGACAAGCCACUAUGUGGCUUUCGUUAAAUACGGCAAGGGAGACUCUGCUUGGCUCUUCUUUGACAGCAUGGCUGAUCGGGAUGGUACGUCUGUUCAAUUGGCCUCAUUUCCUUUCUCUGGGGUUCAUGUAGCUUUGAGUAACCUUAACCGUAACCUCGGAAAUACACUUUCUCCAAAAGGUUUCCACAAUUUUGGCCACUAGUGUAAAUUGAAUUAAACUUAACGUAGUGAACCUUCUCUGUUUAAUAAUAUGAGUGAGCAGUGUUAAUAGCAACCCAGAAUAUAGUAAAAAUAAGCUUGAAAUAGAGUAGUGAUUGUCAAGACUAGAGCUAGGGAGACUCACCUUCAAAUCCCACUCUGCCAUGGAGCUCAGUGGGUGACCUUGAACCUGGCACUCGCCUACCAAUCCUACUUGUGAAGAGACAAGAGAGGGCAAAAGUACAUAUACCACCCUGAGCCUUUGGGAAGAAAUGUAGGGUAAAAAUGUGAUAAAAUGAAUGGAUACUGGAUGUCAGAUCUUUGAGUCCAGCAUAAGACAUGCACAGAAUAUGUGCCCUUUAUAAGAGCUUACCUUCAGAUAUAAAACUCUUUUUUUUAAAUCCAGUAACUGAAAAAAUGACAAUUAUAAUAGGUGGAAUAUACACAGAAGGGCAGUUUGUACGAAUGUCUCCUGAGUGGAUGCAGUACAUCUCUUCACCCGGCAACCUUCCCUUCCAGUGAAGAAGCAUUUGUUUACAGGGGAGAUUUUUUUAAAACAGCCACAAUCUUCUCUUGCUAAUCUGUUGAUCUGGGGUUGCCACUGCUCCCUGCUCUCAGUGCCUCCACAUGCUUAAAUGUUGAGCUUGCUUCUCUCUCUUUAGCCCUAAGAUAGGGAGGCUGUGGCCCUCCAGCUAUUGUUGGACUCUCAAUGCCUGUCAUCCCCAGUCACCAGUAGGCAGGGUUAAUGGGAGUUGUAAGUCUGUCAGCGUUUGGAGGGCUACAGGUUGCCCACCCCAAUUCAGUCCUAUCCAUUGUCUUCAUUCCUUCAUUCCCUGGUCAUGCGGAGUGGGGACCUGAAGUUGAGAAUUGGCAUUUAAAUAGAUUUAUAAUUGAAUGUCAAACUGAUUUACAACUUCUUUUAAAAAAAUGACAUGGUGGAGAUUUAACUGGCAUCAAGGAGAGCUCAUGCUUCUUACCAUUGCACACCAAUGGGAGGCUACAGUCUCGGGACUUCAUAGUUGGUAAUGAAUUGUGUCCCCCCACCCCCUUGAAUUAACCCGUCCGCCCUCUCCUUCUCUCAAAAGGAGGACAGAAUGGCUUUAAUAUCCCUCAAGUUACUCCAUGCCCAGAAGUUGGCGAGUACCUGAAAAUGUCCCUUGAGGAAUUGCAUUCGCUGGACUCCAGAAGAAUUCAAGGCUGUGCACGAAGGCUACUUUGUGACGCUUAUAUGUGCAUGUAUCAGAGCCCAACCAUGAGCUUGUACAAGUGAAAAGUUGUUGUCUGGAAGAAGGGAAGCAGCUUCCCAGCAACUUGACUGUGGCCCAAGAAGAUUCAGCAGGACUGUCGGCGCACUUGCUCGUGCAUCUGUUGCCGGCAAUGGAUGCUUCAAAGGGGGUGGAAAGCAAACGUCUAUGGCAAAAGAAGUGCAUAUUUUAAAGAAGGGGUGGAAAAUACCUUACAAUGCAAUGUUCUGUUGCUAAAGUACUUAAUAAGCAUUUUGCACUCUAGGAAGUGCGUGUGUGUGCGUGUGUGUGUAGGGUUUUUCUAAAAAAAUAAAAUAAGUCUAAAUGAAGCUAUUAAAAUGUUUAGGCUGCAAUUUCAGAGGAGUUGUGUACAUGGAGUGAAGUUUUAUGUGUUUCAAAAUUGCCUUGUGGAAUUUUCUGCAUAGACCUCAUCCAGGGAACCACAAAGCCUAAGGGAGAGGACUGUAUUAAUAUGUGUGUUUUCUCCAGCAUUGUAUAGGUUGUACACUCAAGGCACUUCACCUCUGUAAUACACUGGAUGCUGGCCUGAAUCUUGGCACUGAGGUUUUUGUUUUGCUUAUUUUGACCUGGUAUAAGUUAAAUCACAACAGGAACAAAACAUCUUUAUUGUGUUGAAUGAGUGUGCAGAACGCAUUAGCUGUCUGUUUCCUCCAUUGUAUUCCCCUGGACCAAGAAUGCUUAGUGUUCCCUUUGUAGCUAAUGGUUGCCUGCUGGAAAACGGCGAAGAUUAAGCUGGUGUAAAUGUUUUGUAGCUGCAAGUUGGUGUUUAGACUAAUUCCCAUAGCUGGAAGCAUUUCGGUAUUUUCCUUUAUCCACACAACUCACUCAGUCUAUUCUGUGACCUGGAUGGUGUUUGCAGGAUCAUCUCUGAGCAGGUUGUGUGGAUGACUCAUUCUGAUGUCAUGCUUCCAUAAUGGGUGCACCCACAUAAAAUUCUUCUGAAAGGUAUUUCCAUUACAUUGGCACUGUGUUCAAGCUUGACUUUCAGUGGAAGCUUGCUUUUAAAAACUGCUUCUUAUACUCUGGUAUUCUCCUACGUUUGGAAAACUCCUUAGCAAACUUCCCACAUGUUUGCUUUCAUGAAUUUUUUAAUCCCCCUGCCCUGACACUGCCCAGUCACUUGGAACUUCUGACUCCAGUGUAGUUUUACUUCUGAGAGUCAAAGACCAUCCUAUGACUUGCAGCUGUGAUUGGUAAAAAGAAGGUGGCAAAGUUGAUUUAGAAAGGUUCAAAAACAGCAGGGAUGUUAAAGAGCUAACCUUUUCAAACUAUCUUUUUCUAGUGUGUGUGUGUGUGUGUGUGAAAAUCAAAUCUAGGUCACAUAAGGAAUUCAGCCGUGUAGUAUAUGUACACUGCAGUCUUUCUCUGAGGGGAAACGAUGUCUCCACUGCCCACUAUGCUAAGGCAUUACUGUUGAGGAAGUUCUGUUGGGAUAAAAUAUCCUCUCCAGACACCCAUGCAUAAUAUUAAUAAGGUUCAAGGCACAAGGCGGCAUCCUUGACAGUAUGUUCAGCUUUUUGCCUCAGGGAACAUCAUUGGCUCAGAAAUCUGUAGUCUAUAAAAUGGAAGCUAAUGCUUUAGACUGAAUUUAUUUUCUUUCCUUUUUUUUUAGGAGAUGACUUACACAUUUAUCAUAUUAAAAGGAUCAAGUAAGGUCUGUGUGUAGUCAAACCAUUUGACUUGCUGCUCAGUACAUAUGAAAAGUUACUUGUUGCUUUCAAGUAUCUUGUAGUGUAUUUAAUAUUUUUAUGAACUGUUGAGUCUAAUAGUUCUCUGCAGUGGGAAAAAUAUCUCCUGUUGUAGUUGCCUUAAGUAUUUCGUUUUUAAAAAGAGCAGCUAAAUGCACAUCCAGUACGAACAAAAUUUGAAUGUGGCAAGGAGAAAUUGUAGUCUCUCUCUUUUUCUUUUUUAGCUUGGGGUGGGUGAAUGGGUAGAUACGUGAAUUGUCUUAGGUCAGGUUGCUGAUUAGAAAUGGGAGAGAGUAAGACACACUUAGGGUUGCUUUGGAUGAAUUUUUGCUGCAGUGCAGGCUUGCACCCACACACCUGGUUGCCUCAUAAGCAUCCAAGCCUGCUAAACACUCACACGUGGGAUGCAGUAUAUGCAUCAUCUACAUAGGACUAAAUUCCACUUGGUUUGGGAUGCGAACUGUGUAUUAAGUCACAUAAAAUGAAAUCGUCCAUCUUGUAUUGGUUCACUUUUAAGUUGCCACUUUGUUUUGCUGCAAUAUAGCAGAGGUGGCAAAAGCCCCUGGAGCUAUGUAGUGAAAUGGCUGGGACUCCUACCCAGCCCCCAAUACCUGCCACCUGCUUUCUCAACCCCAUGACUACUCCUGCCACUUAUUUUUUCCCUAGUCCGCAACUGUCUCACAACUUCUUUCCUGCUACUUUGGAAGUGGCUGCUGUUUCCUCAUUGGCUGCAACCCUCUGGGUGAGGGCAUAAAGGAGGAUGAGGCAAGUCUUCAUCUUGAAUAAGACUUUUUUUUAAAAAAAGUUCAGUUUUAAAUUGCACUCAACUUACAGACAGUGGCUCUUAAUUUGGAAGUAAAAAAGACCUACAGGCAAGUAACGGUACAGGCUAAGCAGCAGUACAGGGCUCAGGCAUCAUGAUCCAGGAGUAGGAUUCAGAAGUGACAAAAGUUGCCCUAAGCUUUUGAAGAUGAGGAGUGAUUUGUUCCCUUGCCUUGUGGAAAUGCAGAGUUUGCAAGUUCCUGCUCCGUUGGGGCGGUCGUCUCUCACCCCAUCUGCAAAGGGGGCACCUGGUUCUGACCAGGAAAGGCUGCACCUUCCUGUUCGGAUGUUGUUCAGUCCUCAUCACCUCUUGUUCAGCCUCCCCCCCCCCCCAAUAAUCAAAGCCUUCCUCUGCCUCUACUGAGACUUCAUGCACCAGCUAGCAUCCCUGCUCCCUCUUCCAAAGCAACUGAAAUCAGAGUGGGAAGGGGAUAUCGUCCCUCUUUUGGCCCAAGUUCCCCAAUUCCUCUCUCCCCCCGCCCCCGUCUCUUCCACUUUGCCUGAUCCCGACUAUAUAGUACCCAAGCUUUUUGAAAGCUGCUGUAUUCUUUAGUGCUAUUUUGGUAACCCUAACACAGUUUUGGGGAUAUUUCUUAUAGGCCAACACCGCUACCAUUUAUACUUAAACAUUUUCCAGUGUGUGUUCUCAUUCAUUUAGAACGAGAUUGCACCAUUCCCCCUUUUGCAUCUAUGCUGCUGUUAUCUGUAAACUAUUAACUGUGGCCCUAAGGUUUGUGUGUGUCCUUCCCAGCUUCCCUGAAGAUACCCAAACAGUUUGCAAAACUACUGUUUCUGAAAGUGAGAGAAAUUGAUUGACUUAUAAAAAUCCCAUUUUAUACACUUUCCACUGUAUUCACAAUGCUCAGGGCAGCUGACAGUAAAUCUAAAUAAUUUAAAACAGUGCAGCAAAGAAAACCACCUUUGGCAAAAUGUUUUCUUGGAGGUCGUUCUUACUUGCUGCAGGCUGUUGAGCAGGUAGCCUAUGCAAGAGGCAUGUGUGAAUAGGGCCUGGCACAACACUGCUUCCUGGUCUCCAUCAAUUGCCGUAGUUUUCCCGUCUUAAAUCUGAGGCCAGACAUAAAAUUGAAUCAUGGUGAGACAAUGGUAAAAUGUUAACUGACAAAAGUGAAGUGGAUAAAGCAUUUUAGAGCAGAAAUGUAUUGGAUACAUACUUUAGGCAUCUCUCUGAUGAUUCAUAUUUUUGAGGGAGGGAGAACUUUUCACUGCAAAAGUACACAGGGUUUGUUCCUGAGACUUGUGGAUGCAACAAGCUACAGAUUUAAAUGCAUGUUACAACUGUACAGGUUAAACACCUUUCAUAAACCUUUGGGAAGGAGAUUAAACUAUAUGUGGGGGUGGGCUGUUGUUUUUUUGCAGUGGAGGAACUGUGACCUUAAAUUGUCCAACUUUCUGGAAAUCUUUUAAGUUUGAUCCUGUUUAUAAAAUUCAGACUACUACUUAUGCUGCAGCCACACAUAAUGAUUUGCCCGGUUAGCCCCUUGAUGCAAAGCAAACAAAACUCCCUUAGGAGGGAUUGAUUUAGAUCAAGGGUAACCUGGCCUUCGUCAGUGCUUUAAGGACCUGUGUUUGCUUUCGGGUAUACUGCUCUGGGACAUUGGACGGAGCUGAGAACUGCUCCCCUUCUCCCCUGUUCUGUUGCAAAACACCUUCCCAAGUCUGCUUUGCAAUGGAGAGGAGAUUACCUUGCCAGAUAUUACCUGUGGCUUGCCAUAGUUUGGCUUUUGCAAAAUAUGUAUGGGCCACUUGCAGGAAACAAUCGGGGGCUUGACGGCCCCAUUUAUCCCACCCCACCUCACAUGGUCUGUGAAAGGAGUAAAAGACCCCUUCUUUUGAACCUUUGAAAAACACCCUCUUCUUCAUUUGUAGCAUUUUCUGGUUCUGUUGCUCGUAAUCCUGGUGUUUUGAUACUUGUGUUCUGAAUGUUGUUGUGGCAAUCUUUCCCACUUUGCUUUUGUGGCUUCUGUUACUUGACUCUAUGAGAAGCCUUAAAUAUUUAAAAUAAGACCCUUGUGGAAAUGUGCAAGAGGAUGAGAGACGCGGUUGAGGUGGCUAAGUCACUGCUUAUGAUCAUGUAACUUGUGGAGCUCCUGCUCCUCCACUGGCUGGGUAGUUGGUGGGGAGUAGCAAAAUUGAACGUAUCUGUACUUUAGGGGCCUUGUUCCUUAUGCCUUUCUUAUUUUAAACUCAACGAAGCAUUGAGAGCUGGCAUUGUGUACAGUGAGACAGCAUGCAUCCCGAUACUUGGGCUGCCUCCAUUGAAAAGUGCUAUGUGUGUGUGUGUGUGUUGAGGUGGUGUAUAUAAUAAGCCCUGUUUUUUGUGGUGGUUUUUGAUCUGUGGUGGUGGUUUUCCCAUCUUCAAAUCAUCAUCACUUGCUGUUGCAGUUCCUCCCUAGCAGUUAUGCAUCUGUGAACUCUCCCUUCUGACUGUGAUGUGAAGUAGAGAAGAAGAAGAAGAAAAAAACUAGCAUCAUCUUUACAUAUCUCAUCCCCUCAAAAACAACCAAACAAAAUCCUCACACGCACCCUGGUUUCCUUCCUCUUUUGUAUUGCGCAUUGUAGUUUUGGCAUUCUGAAACUGUCCUUUUAAUCCUCUCAUGUCAACUGUACAAAGGUGAACAUUUAAACACUCGCAUAUACAGAACGAAAUGCCUACGGAUGUGGAAUCAUUUUGUUUCUAGGUCGUGUUUCAGGUUUUCCCGCAGACGUUGCAACGUUAGCACGGUGCCCAAACCCUGGUGUCGUGCUCCCAGGGCUGAGAUGGUUACAGAAGAGCUGCGUUUGUGUGAACGUGAAGGUGGAACUUUUUAUUUUUCUUCAGACUGCCUCUCUUGAGGUUUUGGGUUUUAUUUAUUCCGCAAUUGUAACAAAGCGUGUUUUGCAUUGGCCUGCACAAUUCCUGGUGUUUUUGUUAAAUAAACAUCCUGUGCUCGAGUGCAGUCGUCUCCUCGGUAGAUUGUCUCCACCAAGAGCUUAGAGAAGUGUUUUAUAUCGGGUUGCUGUAAUUAAGCCUUAAUUUCCCAGAGAAGAGACUGUACCAUAUCCUAUUUCUGUAUUAAUAUUUAUUAAAACUUAUCAUUUUU